AUGGCUUCAGACGCACCCGCCUUCAAGCCUAUUCACAGCCUUGUCCUCGAUACAGGCCCUCUUAUCAAGAACGACCCUCCCGCGAAUACACUCCGCGCCAAAGCCGAACAACUUUACACUCUUCCCGUCAUCAUUUCCGAAAUCCGAGAUGCCGCCACUCGAUCAAGAGUAGAGACGACUCUUCUCCCUUUUGUCACUCUUCGAUCGCCCAAACCAGAAAGCGUCAAGGUUAUUCGAGAUUUUGCGCGCAGAACUGGUGAUUUGGCUGUUCUCAGCAAGCCCGAUAUUGAAGUUUUGGCUUUGGGUUAUGAACUUGAGUGCGAGAGAAAUGGAGGAGAUUGGAGAUUGAGAAAGGUUCCUGGUCAAAAGAGUGUUAAUGGCAAACCACCCAAGGCUGCUGAAAAGGAGGAGUCUUUGGAGAAUGCCGUUGACAAGUUGGCUAUCGAGCCUGCUGCAGAGUCUGUCGAGCCUCCCGUCGAGUCUGAGCCUGUCGCAGAGUCUUCACCCGAAAAUACAGAGGCCAAGGAUACAGAGGCGACUGCAGGGACUACACAAACUGUAGAGACCACAGAGACAGAAGCCCCCAAGGAGCCCACCACAGAGACCGCAGAGACGACCGAACCCGCCAAAGACUCUGCAGACACCGAGUCACCCCAGGCUUCCGGCGAAAAAGUCGACGAGUCCAUCGAAGCCGUUGAAGAAGCCUCUGAAGAUGAAGCCUCCGACGAUGAGGGCGGCUGGAUCACACCCUCCAACCUCAAGAAACACCAAGCAGCAUCCGCCGGCGCUGCCCUCCCUUCAACUCCCGUCCAAAAAACCCUCCAAGCCGCCGUUCUCACCUCUGAUUACGCCAUGCAAAACGUCGCCCUACGAAUGAACCUCAACCUCGUCGCUCCCUCCCUCGCACGAAUCACACAUCUCAAGAACUGGGUCCUACGCUGCCACGGCUGCUUCAAGAUCACAAAAGAAAUGGACAAGCAAUUCUGUCCUACCUGCGGCCAGCCCACGCUCAUGCGAACAAGUUGCUCGACCGACGAGCACGGAAACUUUAAAGUCCAUCUCAAGAAGAACUUCCAGUGGAACAACCGAGGCAACGUCUACAGUGUGCCCAAGCCAGUUCACGGAUCCUCUAAUGGACGUCUUGCCAAGAAUGCAGGAGGACAAAACAAUUGGGGUACGAAUCUCAUUUUCGCAGAGGAUCAGAAGGAAUUCACAAGAGCGGGCGAAGAGCAAAAAAGGCAGAGAAAGAAGGAUAUCAUGGAUCAAGAUUAUCUUCCUGAUAUACUAACAGGGCAUCGAUCAAGUGGCGGUGGAAAGAUUCGCGUGGGAGCAGGACGAAAUGUAAACUCCAAAAAGAAGCACUAG